UGAAUUGUGAAGUGUUCACACAUAGAGCAACUUCUUCAGCUGCUGCCUUUAGGGAGGAGGGACAGUGUUGUGCCAGCAUAUUAAAGAUGAAGAGGUGGUAUGGGAUUUUGCUUGUGUCACUCAUCUUUUGCUCAAUGUUCUCUGAGACCAUCGAGUUGGUUAUUGCGGCAAAGGAGAAGAGGGGUUGGACUCUCAAUAGUGCUGGAUACCUUUUAGGUCCACGUCGGAUUGAUCACCUAAUUCAGAUUAAGGAUUCACCCAGUGCCAGAGGCAGAGAAGAGCUGAUCGCACAAUAUGGUAUGGAUGGACAUGGGACACUGGGAGAUAAACCUGGUCUUGCUGGCAAGAGAGAUAUAGACUGGGAAGAAAACGUCCGAACAGGUGUCCAAAGGAGAACAGAGGAAGACAUUGUCCACACUGUCAUUGACUUUCUGUCAUAUCUCAAAUAUAAAGAAAUGGGACCCUGGCAAAGUCUGACUUCUGUGACAUCAGAUGAAAUGGCCAAUCCUUAGCCACGUGUCAUAAUGUGCUAUCCACCCACUCAUACCUAAUGCAAUGUUACAACACAAUGUAAUUAACACCACACCGCUUAUUUAUUUGUUUUUGGGUUUUUUUUGUGAGGUGUUAAUCAUUAGAUUGUGGCCUGGCAGAGAACACAGGGUGUUUGUUGUUGUUUUUGUCUCUGUUUUAUCUAGCGCUUUUCUCGAUUAGACGUCAGAAAGCAAGGG